UGCCAAGGACCUCUUCCGACCACUCAUUACGGUCGUUCAACGACACCUGCACACUCUUUUCGCACAAACACAUUCUCUCCACGAUUCACGCUGCGCGGAACUUCGAUCAGAACAUUCGAGUCGUCGAGUCUCCUCAACCGCCUGUGCAGGUAUGGCAAACACUCUCAAGCAACGUCUCCUACGAGAUAUCGCUGAGCUUCAGUCGAAGCCAUACCCUAACAUCGAACUCCAUGUUCAGGAUGACGAUCUCACAAAGGCUUGCUUGAUUCUUACCGUCGAAGGUUAUGGCCCGAUGCAUCUUACCGUCACCUUUCCGAGCAACUACCCCUUGGCUCCUCCCCGGAUCCAGAUGGAUUCGGACGUGGCUCACCCAAAUAUUUUCGACACGUACAUCUGUGCCUCGAUAUUGAACACCACCGAAGGAUACACACCUGCAUAUACCUUGAAAGGUACCGCCAUUCAGCUACUGAGCUUUUUCGGAAGUGACAAGAUCGAGCAAGUGGGUGGCGGUUAUUCUGUGGACCUAGAUCGUUAUCGCGCUAUUCAGUCUCGGUCACGAGCCGUAAUCCGAACCCAUAACUGCACGAAGUGUUCUUUCGGUUUACGGACAUUGAAAAACAGCACGGUGGGCUCUACAGCUGCUGCUACACAAACACUUACCCUCGUCUCUCGAACUAGCCCGCCCUCUCCGCCCUCUUCAAUGACUGACGGAGAUUCGGCUAACCAGUGGCCAACUCUACAACAAAGUUCACCCUCCAAGCAACCAACCAUUCUUGGUCGAAAUGCUCGACGCAGAAAAGCCAAGGAGAAUGCGCUCGCACGCGCUCGAGCUGCAGAAAUGGCUCCUAUCGCGGCUCCCAUUACACCCCCAGAAGCAGAUACGGAAAAGAAACCUAGACGAAUGCAAGACAUGGGAUUGGCCAACGAGGUUCUACUUCUCAUCUGCGAAAAAUUGGAAACCGAGGACCUGAUGGCAUUCGCUGAGGCAUGGACUCGAGUUGGCGCCGUUAUGACCAGAUUCGACGUCAUCCGUAUUCGUGAGCUGCAAUGCUUCUGCCUGAAGAAGGAUUAUCGGUCGGUCAAACUUGGUGUUGGCGUAGCGGUAGUCCAUCGAGGGAGAAUCGGCUCUUUAGAGUCUGAGUUCGACCUCUUGUCGCAAGAAGGUUACAUCACCCACAAAAUCUGUCGUUCCGUCCAUGGUGUCCCAUUCGAGUUCUGGCUUCCCUUACCCAUAUCGCGAGGUCAUUGGAACAAGGUCAGAGAUGAUAUCCGUAUGUCACUUUCGAGCAUAAGCUCUGCGGCCAAUCUCGGAGCUGUCCCUCCUGUUGAGGUUAUCUACCAUUUCAUGAACGACAUUGUGGUGAAGCUGAACACUCAAACUUCUGAGGCGACCACUCGAUCUCCCUAUUACCCAUACGAAGAGAUGUCGACAGGAACGAUGAAUCGGGCUUCUGAGAAAGCCAUCGAGUCGUAUUUUCACUGCUUCCACCUCCUUCUAUGCAUGGCAACAACUCAGCCCGCUAUCGUACAAUCGGCGAAUGCGCUCUUGCGUGGGUUCGGACAGGGUAAAUCCUCUAAGACUGAAUGUCCCAACCUUGGUACCCUGCUCGUUGCAGCCCUGGUCAGUGAUGUUGAGAUGUCUGAUGGCAUGAUCAAAUCAAUUAUCAAGGAGACUAUCACACGCAACGUGGUUUGGAUGCUUGAUUCAAAGGGUGCCAAUAUGCCCGAAUUAGCCUAUCUCGAGCCUUCCGCUGUCUCCCAUUAUCGCCUGCAGAAGACCUUCGAGGCCAGCAAAACUUCUUACCGCCUUCUCAUGUUCCUUAAUCUCUUCCGAAAGACCGCCGUCGGCAACCCUCGCAAGCCACUCACCCAACUUCGAGAUGAAGCUUUUGAGCGACACGGUGCACCUCCAAGAGGUGCGGCAAAGGGACUAGCUCAAUCGAUCAAGCGUAUUGGUACAAUCAGCGACUUCCCCCAAUUUCUGGUCGCCAUGGACGUCGGUCAGGUAUCUGCUACAUGGUUCACCAAUUUCUUGAGAGAGUGCGUUGAAGCAAGUGUCAAGAAGGGUUAUUCCAGAAUGCCGUUCAGCCAAGGCCAUGCUCUAGCUCUUCGUCAACGAAAGGAGCCCGGUGUUGAGGUCACUGAGGGUGUCUAUGCGCUGGACAAUGUCGACAUUUCACGGGCCAGCUUCUUCCUUGGCAAGACUGGAGCUCAAGUAAAUAGGGGAAAUGGUCGACGAAGAUAAUUCUCUGUCGAGUGGCUCGUUUCUAUCACAUCGAAGGCCACGGUGAAAGUGGUCUUCUGCGAUUUCAUUACCAACUUAUUGCCAUCGGCAAUAUGGAUUCGUAAACUGGAUGCUCUUGAAUGAGCGUGCCAUUUUACAUAGGAUUAUGGUAAUCUGGAUCAGGGUUACGGAUUUUGAAGGGAAACACAUACCCGGCUUUUGUGAAGCCCAUUGCAUGCAGAGAUCUCCCAAUGGUGAGGUCAGGUAGCAAAAUAAAACAAGAACUUCCCCAAUUUCGUCUCGUUC